AUGUCUCUGAAUAAGAAAUAUGCCAAUUUACCCGACCUGGAUCUUGCACCAGAUGUCUACGAGACUCCAGACCUGACCGAUGGCGCAUCUACAGUUCCAACCACCACAAUCCGCACCAACUCCGACUCCGACGACGAAUCCAACCCCGACAUCGACCGCAACAACCUCAACACCGAUGAGGCAAGACUACAUUUCCUCCGCGCCAGCGGCGUGAGCGCUCGCGAAGUCGAUUUUUCCGACACCAUCGCCACAAAGCGGAAAGCAUAUAAAUCGCGCUCGGGACAUAGAAGACGUCGCCAUGGGGAUGGCACGGAGGAGAUAGGAGAUAUAAGUGACAGUGAUGCGGACGGUCAGGAGUCGUUUGAGCGGAAAUUGGCUCGGCUUAGGCGGGAGACGGAGGAGUUGAAAGCUGAGCUGCAGAGGAGGGAGCAGGCGGGGCAGAAUGAUGGGCGGGGAAAUAAUGAUGAGGACGAUUAUGGUGAUGAUGGGAUUAGCGAGCUGAGCAAGGCUUUGGAUAGCAUCCAUUAUUCGUCUACAAGGGCCAACGCUACAUCGGACGCGGUUCUCUCGCGCAAACUGGCGGCAGCCGUCAACCCAUCGAACGACCCCAACGCGAUAGAAAAAAAGAAUACAUCGUCACCGGCUACAUUGACUGCCCCCUCUUCAUCUGGCCUUCUUGAACAUGCAGCAUCCUUCGAUACCCGUCUCACCAUGAUGGAGGCUGCAUUGGGCAUUUCGAGCGGCUCAAAUCCAUUCUUUGCAGCAAAAGACGCCCAACCACAAUUACAACCCGUGCUCCCAGCUCUCGAUCAUCUCACAUCUCAAAUAACCGCCUUAACAGGCACUCUUGGCGGACCAACCGCCUCAUACACCGCCGCCACUACAUCCACCACUACAACCGCACAACUCGAAUCACUAUCCUCACGCAUCAAACGACUCACCGCCGACGCCGAAAAUCUCGCCAAUGCACGCCGACGCGCCGGCGAAGUCGCAGCCAGAGCUCCACCCGACUCCCCUUCAGUCGGCGGCGAUGCAUCAACCUCCUCCGGCGCAACGGAAGUCAACAACACAGAAUCCAUCACGCAGCGCGAAGAACAAGCAGCCAAAAUCCAAGCCCUCUACGCAACCCUUCCAACCAUCCAAUCCCUCCACCCACUGCUUCCCAGCGUCCUCGAACGACUCCGCUCUUUACGCGCCAUCCAUGCAAGCGCGGCAGAAGCCAGCGAGACGCUAGACGCCUUGGAAAAGGAUCAAGCGGAAAUGAGUAAAGAGAUUGAACAAUGGCGCGAAGGACUGAACAUCGUUGAACAAAAAGUGCGCGAAAGUGAGAUUUCGAUGAAGAAGAAUAUUGAGUACGUGGGACCGUGGGUGGAGGCUUUGGAGAAGAGGAUUGGAUAA